GAUGUUGAAAUCCCACACGAUUGAGGAGGUCGAGUUAGUCGCUGGAUAGCUGAGCUUCUGUUGGUUGUUUUGUGUUGUGUGUAAGAAAAACAGGCUGAGCCAUCAAAAACUGUGCUCAGGAUGGGUCCCACCAUUUUUUGUCUCUACAGCAACAGACAAAAUCAGUAAAGGAGAAAAUCAAACAAAUACAGUAGUUCAGGAACAAACGUAAUUCAAAAGGAAGAAGAAAAAAAAAGCAAAAACAAAAGAAGAAAACUCAACUCGCUAUUUUCAUCAGCCGCCGAAACCUUGUUGUUCUGUUCUGCUCCAUCAUCAAUGGCUUCCUCUAUUGUUGCUCCGUCAUCCACAUCCUUCAAUGGUUUCCCCAUCAAGAAGGAUCAGGGUCUCUCUGCUUUCUGUUACAGUUCUUCUCAGCGAUGCCAGAAACCGGUUUCCAGGAGAAUCUGUUGUUCUGUUGCUGCACCGCAGCAAUCGCAGCGCCAGCCUUCUACCACUGGAUCACUGAAGACCGCCAUGACCAUGACUGAGAAGAUAUUUGCUAGAGCUUCCGAGAAGGCCCAGUUGAGCCCUGGGGAUAAUGUUUGGGUUAAUGUUGAUGUUUUGAUGACACAUGAUGUGUGUGGCCCUGGUUCUAUUGGGAUUUUCAAGAGGGAGUUUGGUGAGGAUGCCAAGGUUUGGGACCGUGAAAAGGUUGUAAUAAUACCUGACCACUAUAUAUUCACAAGUGAUGAACGUGCCAAUCGCAAUGUAGACAUAUUAAGAGAUUUCUGCCACGAGCAGAAUAUCAAGUACUUUUAUGAUAUCAAGGAUCUUAGCAAUUUUAAGGCAAAUCCAGACUACAAAGGUGUUUGCCAUGUUGCUCUUGCUCAGGAAGGUCAUUGUAGGCCUGGAGAGGUUCUCUUAGGUACUGAUUCUCACACUUGUACUGCUGGAGCAUUUGGUCAAUUUGCUACAGGGAUUGGUAUUACCGAUGCUGGUUUUGUGUUGGGAACAGGGAAGCUUCUGCUCAAGGUGCCUCCAACUCUGAGAUUUGUAAUGGAUGGAGAAAUGCCAAAUUAUUUGCUUGCAAAGGAUUUGAUUUUGCAAAUUAUUGGUGAAAUAAGUAUGGCUGGUGCAACAUAUAAAUCUAUGGAGUUUGUUGGCUCAACUGUUGAGAGUUUAAGUAUGGAAGAGCGGAUGACAUUGUGCAACAUGGUUGUUGAAGCUGGGGGAAAGAAUGGUGUUGUUCCUGCUGAUAGCACUACAUAUAAAUAUCUUGAGGGUAAGACAUCUGUGGCAUAUGAACCAGUUUAUAGUGACCAGCAAGCAAGAUUUCUUUCUGAAUAUAGAUUUGAUGUCUCAAAAUUGGAGCCUCUGGUGGCCAAGCCUCAUUCUCCAGAUAACCGUUCUUUGGCAAGAGAGUGCAAGGAUGUGAAAAUUGACAGAGUAUAUAUAGGAUCUUGUACAGGUGGAAAAACCGAGGAUUUCAUGGCUGCAGCAAAAGUUUUUCUAGCAUCAGCUAAAAAGGUCAAAGUUCCCACAUUUCUUGUGCCUGCAACACAGAAGGUAUGGAUGGACAUGUAUAGCAUCCCAGUCCCUGGAUCUGGUGGUAAGACUUGCUCACAGAUAUUUGAAGAAGCUGGGUGUGACACACCUGCUAGUCCUACUUGUGGUGCUUGUAUGGGUGGCCCUAGAGAUACUCAUGCACGCUUGAAUGAACCUCAGGUUUGUGUUUCAACUACAAAUAGGAACUUCCCUGGCCGAAUGGGGCACAAGGAAGGUCAAAUAUAUUUGGCUUCCCCAUAUACAGCUGCAGCAUCUGCAUUGACUGGUCAUGUUACUGAUCCAAGAGAGUUCUUGCUCUAGCUUGUUAUUUCAAAAACCCCAUUGUAUGAGCGCUUUUUUGGUGUUCCGGGAGCACCAUACUCCCUCCUAAAAAUAGAAAAAGAAAGGGAUAAGAGGAAAUUAUUAAAAAAGGGAGGGAUUUAAAUAAAAUCACUUUUUUUCAUUUUGGAAAAAGGGGAGUACCCACACGGACCACAAUAAAAAAAAUCCCCGUUGUAUCAUAUAUAUACCUUAAGAUAAAACUGUAAGCUAUUAAAGUUGUGACCAAUGUAUCUGUAUUUUUGUUCCAUGAAUAAAUUCUCUGUGACUUUUAAUGAAUUGGUGCUCACUGUAUUAUUCACUGUCUUGUAUUAAAUGUUACUGCAGUAAGACAA